AAUUACUUUGAGGUGCUUUUGUUCUUAUGUUCUUUGUUAGAUAACAAACGCACCCGAUCACAGGCGUAUUAUCAGUGUUUCUGUGGCAGUCUUUUUCAAAAUUCAAAAUUGCAAGGCACCAUUUGCGCUAAACCAGUAGGAAUCCACCGAGGAAACGACAACAGCUGAGAGCACCGAUCGCGAAAGGGAUUCCUCUAUUGCAGCCGGUGACGACGAUCAGAGCUGCGAAACGAUGUACCACCAGCGAUUCGUGCUGACGACGCUUAUGAGGCUUCCGCUGUUUCAAGGGAAUUUGGCGGACGAUGAAGAUUUUAGGAGGGAUUUAACUGACUUGCGUAAUAUGGCUAUAGAUAAGAAUGUUGUGCUGUUAUUGCUCCGCCACGAAGUGGUAGAGCUGAUUCUGAGAAUAACCGAGACCUCGGCGGAUAAUCAGCUGGUGGUAAUUCUGCUGGGGAUGGUGCAGAAUAUGUGCUGCGUAGAGGAGACUCAUCGGUUUCUGUAUGAUAACGAGACGCUGCUGUUGAGGUUGUGCGGAUUCUUGAAUUCAAACGACCCGUUGGUUUUGGAGCAGAUGAUGAAAAUUAUUACGACGAUUUUGGAGCAAUCAAAUGAUGAGUACUUCUGGUUCCAAAUGAUCUGUGAGAUUCAUGGCAUUGCGGAAAGGCUAGCUUAUAUAUUGCGCAUUUCGACCAGCAGGGAUUUGCUGGAAAGUACAAUGGAGGCGGUGCAUGCGAUGGCCGAGCGCUUUACGGAGACGGAAGUGGAUUACUUCGAGUUAGAUGAGUUCUACGAGUUGUUUGGGAAAACUUGCUUGAUCGAGGGAUUGAUGGAAGGAUUCAAACAGUUGUAUCCCGAAACAACGUUCGUCGAUCAUAACUUAUUGGUCAAAGAAGAUCUAAAAAUAAUUAACAAAUUCUUGGAUAUCCACGAAAACUUCAUCAUCAAUGCCGAAGACGUGUACGAGGAUCAAAUCGAGAACGUCUUGGAAUGCUUCUACCGGGUGCUAGUGCCGAUUAGCGCAGAAGCUUGUCUGAUACCGCUGUACAAUGCACAUGCCCGAAUCAUCGUUCGCAUCAACGAACUCUGCAGCGAUGACAACGUGCGUCAGUUCCACGCCGGAAUGUACCAGGCCAUGUUGAAGAUUUUCACGGUUCUCUCGUACAACUUGAACGACUACUUUGAGCAAGACCAACGGCCCCAUGAAGCGAUGGACUUGGACGAGGACGACCAUGAUGAUUACUGUCCGGUUGAAAACCAAAAGACACUCCAAUUUGUGCUGGGAUACCUGUACCAUGUGGCCCAACCGAUACCCAGCCGGACGCUUGCCAACGUUAUGAAACUCUGCAGUCCAUUCAACGAGGAGAUUCUCCGGCGGCUUUGUGCGGCACUGCAGUACACUAUGGACGGAGAUCCACUGCUAGGAAAAACCUGUAACCUGUUGAUGGAGAGUGCCUGGACCGCGUGGAAUGCCGAGUAAAACAGUAGAUCUUAUAAAUUGCGUAGAAAUUUUAUUACACGGAAUCGGUAUUAAAUGUUCAGCAUGAAUGGAACAACUAAUAGUCUUUUGUUUAAUAGAGAAUGUAAGCGACGACAAUAUGGUCCAUCAAUGGUCUUCGAAACGAUUGUCUUUUGUUGCG